GAGAGCUGAAGCGCCGACGACCGACGCCAGUCACGCCACCGCCCACCGCCCACCGCAAGUUCCGUCUUCUCUCAGCCAGUCAGCCUCCGUGAGUUCCGACGCCACCACCAGCGCUACCGGCCACCGCCGUGUUGGGACGACUCCGCUGCCAGGUGGGCCCAAUCCAAUGUCCCCUCCUUCUCCGCUAACCCUCUCCCAUCACUUCUCCGCUAACCCUCUCCCAUCGCUUCUCCAUCUCCUCUCAUCCCUCCUCUCCAAAAACAAAUUCUCUGACGCCAAGUAUCUCCUUGUUAACUUCAUUCCUUCCGAUCAACCCAAGAAUGAGCUCCACCGCCACCUUCUCCGCCCAUCUCCGCCGCUUCCGAAGCCCCCCAAGGCCCUAUUGGACACUGCCAUCGGUGCUUACUGCCAGUGCCGACGCCCUCACCUCGCUCUGCAGGUUUUCAAGAAAAUGAGGCGUCAUGGUCUGGCCCCCAACCUGCUUACUCUCAACACUCUCCUCAUUGCGCUGGUAAAGUACCCUUCUGCCCACUCUGUACAUUUCUGUAAAGAAUUGCUGGACGAUGCACUUAAGCUUGGUUUAGCUCCAAAUACUAUGAGUUAUAACAUUUUGAUUAAUGGGCAUUGUUUAAAGAACAAGUUUAAUGAUGCAAUUAAAUUGUUGUAUAAGAUGGAGGAAUUUGGGUGUAGACCAGAUAAUGUAAGCUAUAAUACUGUUUUGGACGGAUUGAGCAAGAAGGGUAGAUUAAAAGAGAUUCGUGAAUUGCUACUGAAUAUGAAGAACAAGGGGCUUCUUCCAAAUAAGAACACUUACAACAUUUUGGUGAGCGGGUAUUGUAGAAUUGGGUUGUUGAAGGAUGCUGCCCAGGUUAUUGAGCUUAUGACAGGUAGCAAUAUCCUGCCUGAUGUUUGGACCUAUAACAUGUUGAUUAAUGGGCUUUGUAAUGCAGGAAAGAUUGACGAGGCUUUUAGGCUUCGGGAUGAAAUGAAAGGCUUGAAGUUGUUACCUGAUGUGGUAACUUAUAAUACAUUGAUAAAUGGGUGUUUUGAUAGUGAAAUGAGUUCAGAGGCCUUUAGCUUACUUGAUGAAAUGGGUGAAAAUGGUUUGAGACCUAAUGAGGUUACUUAUAACAUAUUGAUCAAAUGGUAUUGCAAGGAAGGGAGGAUGAAUGAUGCUACCGAUACUGUUCGGAAGAUGGAGGAGAAUGGAUAUUGUCCUGACUGUGUUUCAUACAAUACUUUGAUUAGUGGGUUUUCUAAAAGGAGAAAUCUUGUUGAGGCAUUUAAAAUAAUCAACACAAUUGGAGAAAAAGGAUUGAAAAUGGAAACUGUAACACUAAACACAGUCCUGAACACAGUUUGUCAGGAAAAGAAUCAUAGUAAGGCUUAUGAGUUGCUGACUAGUGCCACUAAACGUGGCUAUAUUGUUGAUGAAGUAAGCUAUGGCAGUCUGAUUGUUGGCUACUUCAAGGAUGGAAAUGUAGACGGAGCUCUUAAGCUUUGGGGUGAGAUGAAAGCGAAAGAGAUCAUUCCUAGUAUUGUCACAUAUAAUUCUCUAAUUGGAGGGCUCUGUAAAUCAGGCAAAACUGAGCAAGCUAUAACUAAGUUCAAUGAACUUUUGGAGAAUGGGUUAAUUCCUGAUGAGAUAACAUACAACACGAUUAUUCAUGGAUACUGCUGGGAGGGGAAUGUUAGGAAAGCAUUUCAAUUUCACAACAAAAUGGUUGAGAAUUCAGUCAAACCUGAUAUCUAUACAUGCAACAUUCUUCUUCGUGGACUUUGCAGGGAAGGAAUGAUUGAAAAAGCCAUUAAUCUCUUCAAUACAUGGAUUGAUAAAGGGAAACAGCUUGAUUCAGUAACCUACAAUACGCUGAUAACAGCCUUAUGUAAGAAUGGAAGGCUAGAGGAUGCUCUAGGACUUGCUGCUGAAAUGGAAUUGAAGAAACUAGGGCCAGAUAGUUACACUUACAAUUCCAUUGUUGAAGCACUUACUAACGUUGGAAGGAUUAGGGAAGUAGAAGAGUUCACUUCAAAAAUGAUUGAGAUGAGAAUAUCAUCUAGUGAGUCCAUUGGUAUGAAUAAGGGGGAAGAAGACAUCGGGGGUGAGUCUUCAGUGGAACAGGACAUGAGCUCUAUUGGUCAGUCAGAAGAGAUUAAUGAGCUUUGUGAUCAAGGGAGAUAUAAGGAUGCAAUGCAUAUCUUUGUAGAACUUACUCAGAAGGGUGUUUUCAUACCAAAGUCUAUCUAUAUCACUUUAAUGUAUGGACUCAUCAAGAGGAGAAAAAGUAUCUCCAAAGCAAGGUAAACUUGAUAUGCUGCUUGUUGGCUACACUCGGUGAUUUACUGAAAUGGGAGAAAGGAGCAUAGGUACAUAUUAAUUUCUUUUAUUUUUCCUGAAAUUUAAGAAAACUCAUUUGUUGAAUUUAUUUGAGACUGGAAAUUGUUUCCCCAAUGGUAUCAGGAAAGCGGAAAUCUUUUGAAUUAUUGCACUUUUGCUGGGAAAUGUUUGAUGGACUAUAAUAUAUUUUUAUUUAAGCUUUUUAAGAUUGUUAUAUGUCAUGCUAUAUUUUUGUUGCCAUGUUAAUGAUGGUAAAUUAUGCGGUUCUCUACUUGAGGAGGCUGACCUGGAUAGAAUUUCCAGGACCAAAACAAUAAUGGCACUUCCACAUUCUUGUUGCUUUAGGCCCGGUAAAGUUGCAUCGAGAUGCAAUCUCUUUUAUUCUAGUGGCUGGCAAAGCAACAGGCAGCACAAUGUGCUUUCAUGCAUAGCACAUGUCGUUCUAGGCGCUAAUAUUAAUAUUUUUUUUUAUAAAUAAUUUUUGUCAGAUCAGUUUGUAUUUUGUUUUUUGUUUUUUUUUUUUUUUUUCUUUCUCGCAUAUCUCUUUCCUAAUUGGCAUAUCAAAAACCUGAAACAAACUAUAGCUAUUCUCUAUUGAGAGCAUCCUUGAGGUUGCUCUAACCAGAUGUGGUUGGAUUCUCAUAAGUCAUAAGGUUUUUUUUGAAACUCAUAAGUCAUAAGGUUAAAAUUCAACUUUAAAAAAAUAAAAAGUUACUCCGAUCCGUAUUAUUUUUGUAAAGGCAGGCUAGGCGUGUCAGGUAAUUUUGGCAUUCUGAUUUGGGUCCCCCGUGGCCCCGACAGUCCAUCUUCUUCCGGAUCGAGUGUAGCAGUCACUGGUUACACAGGGUGAGGGUGAAAACGAAAGAAAAAAAUCUUUACAACUUCACACUUAUUAAGUCGCUCCAUUUUCGUCCUUAGGUCUAACUCAAAACAGCGACCAUGUUUUAUGUCGGAAAAUAUAUAGGGAUAUAUUGAAAAAUACAGUAAAAAGUCGGAAAUCCUUAUCUUUACACUGUUGUUUGCUGGAUUCCGACCGUGCUCCGACAAUGAACCCCAAGGAUUCAGUUUCAGCGGUGACCCCUCAGCUCAUUUCCUUUGAUCAGAACAGAGAUGCUUACGGGUUUGCAGUAAGGCCUCAGCCAUGUACAGAGAUAUCGUGAAUAUGCUAAUAUCUACAAGGAAGAGGAGGAGGAGAGGUCUGAUAGGUGGAAAGACUUUCUGGAACGGCAAGCAGAAUCCACUCAAUUUCC